AUGAGACCGAAACGGACAAAACAAUAUAAACGCCUUAUGGCGUUAUAUUCAAUGUCAUUCGGUUUUAGAGAGCCUUAUCAAAUUUUAGUGGACGGGAAUUUUAUGCAAACCGCCAUACGAUACAAAAUGGACAUAUGCAAGCAACUUUGUAUGGUAUUGCUUGGAAAUACGAAACAAAUAAAAAAGCAAGGCAAAGAUGGUCUAGAGACAGAAUUAGCUUUGAAACAAUUUGAAAGACGAAGAUGCCCACACAGAAAACCGGUUUCUAGUGCUGAAUGUUUGGCUUCAAUCAUAGGAAAUGAUAAUCCUCACAAUUAUUGUGUGGCAACGCAAAAUGAAACGCUUCGCCGGCAAUUUCGCGUUAUUGCUGGAGUUCCACUGUUGUAUAUUAAUAGAACUGUAUUAAUUGUUGAACCACCAUCAGGUGCUACAUUAGAUAAGGCCAAACAAACAGAAAUUACAAAAACUCAUGCCUCAGUUGAGGAACUAAGCUUUUUGAGAAAUGCAAAUUCUGAUACACAAAAAAAGAAUGUUGAACCUCAGAAACCAAGAAAAGUUCAUAAAGGACCUAAACAACCUAACCCCUUAAGUUGUAAGAAAAAACUUUUGCCAUCACCUCUCAAAACACAAGUUAACAAAAAGGAAUUAUCUAACGAUGAUUUCAUAGAGCCUAAGGAGUUGGACGAUAAAAAGCGGAAACAUCCAAUCGACAUUGAAGAAGAUAUUGAACAUGACAAAACUUCAAAUCAAUUAAAACCGCAUGAAGAAAAUUCAUUAUCAGGGCAUAUGACUUUAAUUGGACUAAAAUAUCCUUUUAACGUUUGUCUCAAAAGUCUACAGUAA